GCCGUGCCAGACAUCAUGAUGCCAAUAUGGUUCACCUUCAACCUGGAUAUAGUUACCACGUACAUACAGGAUCAACACGAGGAUUGUCUUUAUCUAAACAUCUAUGUUCCAACAGAGGAUGUCAAAAGAAUAUCCAAGGAAUGUGCCAGGAAACCCAACAAGAAAAUGUGUAGAAAAGGAGGGGCCCAUGCAAAAAAACAGGGCGAGGAUUUAUCGGAUAACGACGGUGAUGAAGAUGAAGACAUACGAGAUACUGGGGCCAAGCCUGUGAUGGUCUACAUCCAUGGAGGAUCCUACAUGGAGGGGACGGGCAACAUGAUCGAUGGGAGCGUCCUGGCCAGCUACGGAAAUGUCAUCGUUAUCACUCUCAACUACCGCGUCGGAGUCCUUGGCUUCCUCAGUACUGGUGACCAGGCAGCUAAAGGGAACUAUGGGCUCCUGGACCAGAUCCAGGCCUUAAGGUGGAUCAGUGAGAACAUCGGCUUCUUCGGAGGAGACUCCAAUCGCAUCACUGUGUUCGGUUCUGGGAUCGGAGCUUCCUGCGUCAGUCUUCUCACCCUUUCCCACCACUCUGAAGGUCUGUUCCACAGAGCCAUCAUCCAGAGUGGGUCAGCUCUCUCCAGCUGGGCGGUUAACUACCAGCCGGUCAAGUACACACGUCUCCUGGCAGAGAAGGUGGGUUGUAAUGUCUUGGACACCUUAGACAUGGUGGAUUGUCUGAGGAAGAAGAGUUCCAGGGAGCUAGUGGAGCAGGACAUACAACCCGCCAGGUACUAUGUGGCCUUUGGACCUGUAAUCGAUGGUGAUGUUAUCCCUGAUGACCCCGAGAUCCUGAUGGAGCAGGGCGAGUUCCUCAACUAUGAUAUCAUGCUGGGGGUCAAUCAAGGUGAGGGGCUGCGGUUUGUGGAGAACGUGGUAGAUUCAGAGGACGGCGUCUCUGGAAAUGACUUUGAUUUCUCCGUGUCGGACUUUGUGGACAGUCUGUAUGGAUACCCUGAAGGCAAGGACACACUGAGGGAAACCAUUAAGUUCAUGUACACAGACUGGGCAGACAGGGACAAUCCAGAGACCAGGCGCAAGACACUGGUGGCUCUGUUCACCGACCAUCAGUGGGUAGAGCCUUCAGUGUUGACAGCGGAUCUCCACGCUCGCUAUGGCUCCCCCACCUACUUUUACGCCUUCUACCACCACUGCCAGAGCCUAAUGAAGCCCGCCUGGUCUGACGCCGCUCAUGGGGACGAGGUGCCCUAUGUUUUUGGAAUUCCCAUGAUUGGUCCCACUGAUCUUUUCCCCUGUAACUUCUCAAAAAAUGAUGUCAUGCUCAGUGCUGUGGUCAUGACCUACUGGACCAACUUUGCCAAGACUGGGGAUCCCAACAAACCGGUUCCUCAAGACACCAAGUUCAUCCACACCAAGGCCAACCGCUUUGAAGAGGUGGCCUGGUCCAAGUACAAUCCCCAGGACCAGCUGUACCUGCAUAUCGGUCUGAAGCCACGCGUGCGCGACCACUACCGCGCCACCAAAGUGGCCUUCUGGAAACACCUAGUGCCACACCUGUACAACCUCCAUGACAUGUUCCACUACACCUCCACCACCACCAAAGUGCCCCCGCCGGAGACCACUCAGAACAGCCUGUCCACCAAGAGGCCCAACGGGAAAACCUCCUGGCCGUUCAACACCAAGAGGCCUCCCAUGUCCCCGGCCUACAAUAGUGAAGACAAAGACUCUUGGAACGACGAGGAGGAGACGGGGCCUCUAGUAGUGGAGAACCCACGGGAUUACUCCACAGAGCUCAGCGUCACUAUCGCUGUGGGGGCUUCGCUACUGUUCCUCAACGUGCUGGCUUUCGCAGCCCUCUACUACCGCAAGGACAAACGGCGGCAGGACUCAGGCCACAGGCAGCCCAGCCCGCAGCGCCAGAGCACCUCCAACGACAUUGGCCACCACGCGCCCGAGGAGGAGAUCAUGUCGCUGCAGAUGAACCAGACUCACCAUGAGUGCGAGGCGGGGAACAGCAACGAGGGGGCACUCCGCUUAGCCUCCCUGCCAGACUACACGCUCACACUGCGGCGCUCUCCGGAUGACAUUCCCCUCAUGACCCCCAACACCAUCACUAUGAUCCCAAAUUCCCUGGUGGGCAUGCCCAACCUGCACCCCUACAACACCUUCACAACCGGCUUCAACUCAACCGGCCUGCCACACUCCCACUCAACCACCCGCGUAUAGCUUUAAGGAGGCCAGGGGCAGCCAGUGCAGGCGGGGGAGGAGGAAAGCCAGUAGUGGUGGUGGAUGAAGAAGAGCAGGGGGAUGGCUGAA